AUACUCCAAAUAAGUACAAAAACAGUACUCGUCAGUGUAGUUGUAGGUCAACUGCGCUUUGACGUGCGGUCACGUGACAGGAGGCAACCGCCAGGACGACGUCGAUCUCGCCGUGAUGGCUGCUCCGCCCGAUACGGAGAGUUUGGAGUCUCGUAUCAACAGAGCAACCAACCCACUGAAUCGGGAUACGGACUGGGGCAGCAUCAAUGCCUUCUGCGAACAGCUCAACAAUGACUUGGAGGGACCUCAGCUGGCCACCAGGCUGUUGGCGCACAAGAUACAAUCGCCACAGGAGUGGGAGGCCAUGCAGGCUCUACUGGUGCUGGAGACAUGUAUGAAAAAUUGUGGGAAAAGGUUUCACAACGAAGUGGGCAAGUUCCGCUUUCUUAACGAACUUAUCAAAGUAGUUUCUCCGAAGUACCUGGGCUCACGCUCACCAGACCCAGUGAAGAAGAAGGUCUUGGAGUUGAUCUACAGCUGGACUUUGGGGUUACCAGACGAAUCCAAGAUCUCAGAUGCCUACCAGAUGCUCAAGAAACAAGGUAUUCUCAAACAAGACCCACAGUUGCCCCCCGAUUUACUACCCAGUCUUCCUCCACCCAGACCUAAAAAUGCCAUUUUUGAGGACGAAGAGAAGUCCAAAAUGUUGUCACGCCUGCUGAACAGCUCCCAUCCUGAGGACUUGAAAGCCGCCAACAAACUCAUCAAGGAAAUGGUCCAGGAGGAUCAGAAGCGAGCAGAGAAGGUGUCCAAGCGGGUCAGCGCCAUUCAGGAGGUGAACGAGAGCGUCAGCCUGCUGACUCAGCUCCUGCAGGAUUACGACAGCACCGCCACAAGUCAGAGCAACUUUGAGCUCCUUCAGGACCUUUACCAGCGCUGUGAAAAGAUGAGACCCACACUGUUCAGAUUGGCCAGUGAUACGGAGGAUAACGACGAGGCUUUAGGUGAGCUUUGCCAAGAAAUACUUUCUCCAAAGCAGCCUGAACCGUGGAUUUUUAUUUCUGUUUUGUUGGCACAUUCCACAGCGGAGAUCCUGCAGGCCAAUGACAGCCUGACUCAUGUCAUCAACCUGUACAAACAGCAGGUGAAAGGGGAGGUGGUGAACGGCAACAAUGCAUUAAACACACAAAAACAGACAGGAGGAACUGCACUGCUGGACCUGUCGGGGUUGGACACGUCACCCCAGUCGCCCCCCUCCUUCCCAGAAUUCCCUACUCCAACCGACAGCCUCAACGCGACCUCACAGGAAACGGGCAUCUCUCUGCUGGACGACGAGCUCAUGUCGCUUGGUCUAAGCGAAGGAACACACACCUCCAACCCUCCCUCGCAGCCGGAGGACUCCACCGCCUGGGAUUCUUUCCAGUCAUCUGACAGCAUCGAUGCAGACAUCCCAGCAGCACCCAGUCUCCUCCUGACUCCAGAAGCACCCUCCCACUCCCAUCCCAUCUCCCCUGGCUCGGCCCCCAGAGGCUCGGCCCUCGAUGAGCUCGACUUGUUGGGAAAGACGCUUUUGCAGCAGUCCCUUCCUCCAGAGGGCCUGCAGGUUAAAUGGGACAAGCAGCAGUCCAAGCCAACUCUGCGAGAUCUACAGAGCAAGUUGGGGUCCAACAUCACCCCCAACCCCAUCCCAAUCUUUGUCUCGGACCAUCCCCCACUACCCCUGCACUCAGAGCCCAGCCUUGGUUCUACCUUGUUGGACGUGUCCCCAGCUCACACGGAGGACUCCCUGGCAGAUGUUUUUGUACCUCUAGAAUCCAUUAAGCCCAGUAGUCUGUUACCUGUCACCGUCUUUGACGGACACAGUCUUCGUCUUCUUCUCCACGUUGCACGCGACCCACCUCCCUCACGCCCCGACGUGCUGGUGGUCAUCAUCUCCAUGCUGUCCUCUGCUCCUCUGCCCGUCACAAACAUCCACUUCCAGAUUCUGCCGCAAAAGUCAAUGGUGGUGAAGUUGCAGGCACCUUCAGGAACACAACUUCCUGCCUUCAACCCCAUCCUUCCUCCUGCGGCCGUCACACAGAUCAUGCUCCUGGCAAACCCAAAUAAGGAGAAAGUGGAGCUGCAGUACAGAUUAAAGUUCUCCAUCGGUGAGCAGGAGCACUGCGAGGAAGGGAGUCUGCCACCUCCAGACACUUGGGGCACUCUAUAGCGCUUCAACCGGCUGAGAGACUCUAGUCCACAGAACUCUGCGUGAAUAACCUCUUCCUAAUCGCUGCACACCUGCUAGCAUCCUCCCGCUCUUGCUCAUGCUCAGUGUGUGCCAACUUUGCUUUUACCCGCCCUGCUUUGCACAAUCUCUUGCUUCGGCCCUCCGCCUCUUCUUUUUUAUUUUCUGGUUGCUUCAAACGAAGAGCAUCUGGUGCAGGUGUGCACCCUCCAAGGUACGUGUCUUCAUGCAUGCUCCAAGUAACCCAGCAACACACAUACUUAAGUCCACCCUCAACUGCUGAAUCCUCCUGUCUUUAGUUUGACCUCAAAAGGGAUUUGCCUCUUUUGUGUAACGGGGGAAAAAAAGUACUGGUAUUUUCCGGACUAGAGAGCGCGCCACCCACUCAAAUUUAAGAAAGCUCAAGUAUUUGCUGCAGAUAUGUACGUUCCCAGCCGGCACAAGACCUUGAAGCAAUGUUGAUUAUACGUACAUGUCCUUUAAAAGUCACUUUGAAACAACAUAGCACAAUAGUUGUAUUUGUACAUUGCGACAACGUUGAUGUCUAACGUUGGAUCCACCUUCUUGGUUGGGAAAAUGAGCAAAAUUCAAUGGUCACAUCAACGUCAGAACCCAACAUUGAUUAAACGUGGUCAAAAAGCAGGUUUGAGUUGCUCAACAUCAGGACCUCAACGUUGUUUCAAUGUCUUGUGCCUGUUGGGUUGUGAAAUGAGUUAUUUACACACAAAUAUUUUGUUAACGUUUGUUUACAUACCUCACGUGUUUCCGUAACACGGCAGUAAAAGAGCUGAUCAAACAAAACAGAAGUCAUGGUCAUGGACCAACUAGCUGCGCAAGCUAGCUCUCCAAUCAGCGAAAUAACUCCACGCUGACCUUUUGGUGACUUUACUGAAGAAUUUGUGAACGUGAAACUAUACAAACAGAAUUCCUUUGUACGUUAUUAAUGCUAACACAGACACUCAUAAUCAUGUUAGGAUAUUAGCUAAUGCUAACAUUACGAUAGCUCGUAAAAAUAUGCUAAAACACUCCUACAGACAUCACACAUGGGACACUUUAGUAAGUAUCAGUUGUUUUGGUUAUAUUGUAAAACAAACUGAAUGAAGUAUCCAUACCAGUAGAAACGCUAUGGACCGCUAAAAGACUAAAUGGCACUUGUACUUCCGGUUGCAAGGACUAAAUCAGUAUGUGUGUUUUUUUGUCUUAUUUAACGUUUUACAUUACGGUUGUCAGCGAAGGAAAAUUAUCCGCAGCUUUCAAAGCGCAGAAAAAAGGAAGCGACUUAUAGUCCGGAAUUUACGGUACUGUGACAUGGUUGUGUACUGUCUGCCAUUUGUGCCUCUUUCUCGCGUCGUUUUAGCUGAUUGUCAAAUGUCACUGACGUCAUUAAACUCCUGUUUUCAUCCACAGUCCAUGCACACCUUUUGAAGUUAGGCCUGAAAUGUCCAAUGACUUUUAGUUUCUAUACCAUCCUCCUGCUCUCUUUUACCAGCCAGCUUUGUAAAUAUUCAUGUACAUUUGACUUGUGCAGCAGCAACAUGCCAACGUGCAGAAGUAAUAAUAAAGGAUGUUUUUUUCUGGGGUGAUGGAGGCUGAAUUGGAAGGCAA